CCCAAACAGUCAACAGUGGAGUUGGCCGCGGCUGCGAGUUGGUCGGGGAAUAAUUCUAAUUUCAACCAAUAAUUAAUUAAUUAUGAGUUGUAAAAUUAACUAGACUAUGUUCAACGCAAGGGGUAAUUCAUAGUUAUAUGAAAUCUCGGGGAUUCUCGCCUCCACCCAUCCCACCCCCUUAUGCGGAUAUUUAGCCAUCUCCUCACCAGCAGCCUUAUCACGUCACACCUAUCGUAAAUCUUGCCUCUCCGCCGUCACCAUGUCGGACGAGUUCGCCUCCGCCGUUAUGCGCCACGUCGUGACCCUUCUAGCCUACAAUGUCGGCUGGGACGCCUCCCAAACGACGGCGCUGGACAUUCUGGCGGACAUUAUGCGUCGCCACUUUCUCCACUUGGCGAAAUCCACUCACAACUUUGCCGAGUUUUAUGGGAGGACGGACCCCAAUUUGGAUGACGUAGCUCUCGCCUUAUCCGAGCUGAACAUGUCGGGCGCUGAGUUGGAAGAGUACGUGCAAAACUUUGACCCCGUCACGCUCAACUAUGCAGCCAAAGUCCCCGUCUUUCCGGUCAAGAGGGAGAGCAAACUCAACUUCCUGCGACCUGGGAGUGAAGAAGUAUUGACCCGACCGGUUCACGUGCAUGAAUACAUGCCGCCCAUGAUUUUUGAAUCAAAGAAACCGGAAGAAGCGUCCUCCUCCUCGUCCCCUCCUCCAGAAGGAGGUCAUCACGACCACAGGCACCACCACCAAUCAACCGAAUCCUCCGAACCUAUCCAACCCGAAGUGGUCGAACCCCCAGCACCACCACUACUUCCACCCGACGAAGUGCGACACGACGACACAGCAGCGGUCGAGGUGGUGAGUAAAAAACGGUCACGAAAAGAGCGAAGUAUGGAGAAGGAGCAUCAUCACCAUCAGAACGGUGGGUUGGCCGGACCUCACGACGACGAUGAUGACGAUUCGAGCGAAGACGAAAUAGAGGGACUCGACUCCAAAACACCCGGCUCCAAGGGGUUCGUCCCCUUCUCAGGCGUCGGAGGAGCAAAGGCGGCCAAGACGAAAAACAGGUCGGACAAUCCGGCGCUAAAAAGGAUUCGAAUGAUGAUUGAGGAGGAUGGUCAUCCAAUCCGUGAAGUGACUUCGGUGAUGAUGACGACUUCCGGUUUCCUCUCUUCGUCGCGAGAAGGACGCCUCCCGGAUACGAGACCUCCCCCAAAUCGCGAAUUUUUCGACCCUUCACCACCACCACCGGUUGUCGAGAAGAAAAAGAAACCUCUCACCAUGAAGAGGAUUGUCGAGGGGAUUAAGAAAAUCGAAAAGGAGAGCGACACGGCGGAUCCAUCUCACUCCAAGGACGACCUCGACGACGAGGAAGAAAUUCCCCUGUUCGGCAACCCCGACAAAAUCUCUACAACCAUCACAGCUCCAAAAUCAUCCGCUCUCUUCCCCUCCUCCUCCUCUAAAAAGUCCGACCCGAAAUCGAAAUCCUCCCGAAAGAUGAAAAAGAAGCUGAAAAUUGACAAAGAGACGAUCAAAAAGAUCGCAGCCGGACUGGAGCAGCGCGAUCGCGACAAGGCGAAGAGCAUGAAAAUGUACAAGAAGUCACAAACCAAAGUCCUCCUCGAUAAGAGCAAGAAGCUCAAAGAUAAGAAAUUCAUCCAACAACAACUCGAACUUCAAAAGAUGCAGCAACAACAACUCCUCCUUCAACAGCAGCAACAAUUUGAGGCCGACGCCGCACUGCAUGGUCACGAUUUGGAAGAGAUCGACAGUGACGAGGAGAUGAUGUCGUCUACAAAGCUGCCACCCCCACCACCCAUGGCGUCCGCACACUCUCUCGUUCCUCCCGCCCUGAUGAGAAUCCCCAAAAAGGGGGGUGGAAUUUCCAAAUCCACUCCCGGCCUCGUGGAUCCCGUCAAGUUGAAAAAGUUCAAGAACAAGUCGAGUUUCAUGGCGGCCGCGACGGCGGCAUCGUUACUCGCGCCUCCAAAAUUUGGCCUGCCUCCUGCGCGAGGAGGGAACUUGGGGAUGGAGCGGGGAAUCGGACCCAAAAAGCGAGGUCGUCCAAGGAAAGGGGCGCAAAUGAUCCCCUCCUUGGCGCAGGCGCAAAUGCAGGCCCAGAUGGCGAUGGGCUUCGCACCUGGUGGAGUUCCCCUCAGUGCUGCCGCGUUGGCGAAUUUGGGUCGCGGGCUCAUGGAAGACCGUCCCCUCAAGAUCAAAAAAUCCCACAUGGAGCCAGACAUGAGGAGUUUGAUUCCCGAAGUGCAACUGGACUUGGGACCGCAUCAUCAUGUUCCUCACCAUCAGAUGGGACAUCCUCCCACGUCGACGGGAAGAUUACCUCCGGGGCAGCAACAGAGGGGAGGUCAAAAGCAGGGGAAGAAACAGCAACUCGCACCCCCCAGGAUGACCCCCGCAACGGGAAGCGGUGCUGGUUACGAUCUCCUCCUCGGCCUUCCAUCCGCGCCAGGACUCAUCCCCUCAAAUUUUGUGCUACCGCCUCCCCCACCUCUCAAAAAGAUGCCCACACCUGGUGCAAACUCGCAACAGAUGGCUCCCUUGAUCCACAUUUCCCCCACGGGGACUCCAUCUCCUUCGAAAGAGGGUGGGAAGAAGGGAAGUCCAUUUUCCAACGUGUGUUCCUCCCUCACAAUCACGCCCAUCGACAUGGGUUCCUCAUCUGGUGCUGUUGGCAGUGGUGGUGGAAGUCACCAUCACAAACUGCCUCCUCCCACGACGCGCUACGACAAAUCGUCCCUGCCAGCCACACUCCCAUCAACUCCGCCCCCACCCCCACCCACUCUCAAGUCAAAGCCGAGUCGUCUCAUGCGAGACAAGUCGCCGGGCGUUAUCAAGUCGGAACCCUCCUCGGGGAUCACCAUCACUCCAAUCGUCAUGGAGCAUGAACAUGAAAGCAGAGGGUCGUAUCCUGAUAAUUCUGGUUACUCCGACGAAGCCUCCCACCACCUUCAUCCCCAUCAGAACGAGGACGACGAGUAUGACGAAUCGUACGAUAAUUUCUCCGCGGAUACGAAGCCGAACGUGUCAUCCAGUGUGUCCAUGUUGGCCAAACUGGACGAGGACAUGAAGUCGAAGGAGGCGCGGAGGAAGGAGAAGGAGCGGCGCAAGGAGUUGAAGAAGGAGAAGAAAAAGGACAAGAAGGAGAAAUCGGGCAAGAAAGAGAAGCGGGACAAGGACCGAACUUCCAGCGGUGGUGGAGGCGGCUCCUCCUCAAAGAAAAAGUCGAGCAAGGAAACGUUAUCCGUGCCCAAGUUGACGUUGAAAUUGAGCGGUCACUCGAGCGGAACGGCCACCCCGGUCGACUCGCCUAAUCCACCACCCGUCUACGUCGGAGGUGACAGCAACCCCAUGAUUUCUCCUCCUCUCAAGAAAAUCACCAUCAAAUCGACCCCCAAUCAGGCUAGUAGUGCUCCAGGAGAGUCAAAGAGCAGCAAAAUGAUGAAGAUGCCAAAGAGAACGCCUUCUCCAGAACUCGCCAGGUUUUCACCCUUGGUGACCAGGACGCCUAAAGCUCCUCGUGCCGCCAAAGUUCAUGCGGCUGCUGCCGUCGCGGCGGAAGCGAUGGGUGCGUCCCUGGCCCAACAAAUGGCCUCCUUCCCCUCGACGAGUGGUCAGAGUCAGAAGCGUGGCGGUGGUGGUGGGAGUGGUGCUCGUGGUUCAUCUGCUGCUGCUCCUCCUCCUCCUGCCACGACGGGACGAGGGAGCAGUUCCAAGAGUGCAAAGUCCAGCAGCAAGUCGUCCUCCGCUCUGGGCGGCCUCAUCACCGAGACGGUCGGAUGCAUCGUGGACGAAUCGGGUAACAAGAUUUGGAUUUGUCCGACGUGCAAGCGACAGGACGACGGGAGUCCGAUGAUCGGUUGUGACCGGUGCGACGACUGGUACCACUUUGUCUGUCAGGGCAUCACGGACACGCCCGAGGAGGACACCGAGUGGUACUGCCCACGAUGUCGUAUCAAGAAGAAGAAGGACAAAAAGUGAGCCUCCUCCUGGGGGAGAAACGAUAUAUGCAAAUUGUUAGCCUUAUUAAGGUUUGUUUGGGGGAGUUUAAAGUAUUCAAGUCACGUUUUUUGGUGGAGGAAGAGAAAAUUUCCUGUAUUUUUUUAAUUGUUGUCUUUUGUUUUCUGGUUUAAUAUUUUAUAGGUAGAUAUUUCUAAAUUAUUGUUUUAUUUAUUACUAGUUUAGCUAGUGGAAUAUAUAUAUUGUGUAUUUCUUCCCCUUGAAUAAACGCUGAAUUGAAUUAUAUAUUUGUAGUUUGUGCUGUAAAGUUAAAUUUUACGUUACUAUUUAUUUAUUUAGUUUCCAGUGAUUGUUCAGUGGUAGGCAUACUAUUGCUAAGUAGUUUAUCUUCGUGUGUAAUCAUAACUUGUGUAAUGUGCAAGUCGAUCUGUAGUAUGAAAAAAAGAAAUGGAAAAGUUACAUUGAAUAAAACUUGAGUUGAAGAACA